AUGGACAGUUCUUUAUAUCCACGGCGUAAUUUUCGCUCUAGAGGUCGUAUUACCCCUCCAGCAUUCUUAUCUAAAGUUACGCAUAAAACAACAGAAUUUAUCAAUCAUCUACGUGGUCGAAUUGAAUCACCCGUAUUAAAAACAAGCCAUACCACUUUAUUAUCACGUCGACGUGGUGAUUCAUCUGAUGGCUUUAGCAGCGGGAGUAAUACUAACAUUAAUAAUAAUAUAGAAUUAAAUGAAAUUGAUACAAGUUCAAUUAAAACGACAUCAACAAGUUCAUCAGCACAUUCAGGAUUCUUAGGUUUUACACUGCCGACAACAGUUGAUAUCGACGAUCCUCUACCGAUACCUGUCUGUCGUUUAGGUAAAUAUCAAGCUGAAUGGAAUACUGGAGAGUUGGGUGCCUGGCGUCUACUUACACAUGAUACAAUCUCUGCGAUUCCAACUAGUCAGUCAGGCGAUGAUCGAAAUGAGCCGAGUUUAUCAGUGCUAAAGCGUAUGAAUAAAGAUUUAAAAGAAGAACAGAAAUUCUUAUUGACAAAAUUAAAUCUUCUGUAUGACAGUUUAGUGAAACAAACCGCACUAGUAAAUCAGCAUGAAAGAAAACUAGAUCAAUUAAGGAUACAGUUAAAGCAAAGAACAGAAAAUACACCAGAAGAUAUCAGAGCUGAUCUAAUCCAUGAAUUGAAUGAACAGAUUGAAAAGACUAGAUCACGUCAACACUUAGAUUUGAUGUCGAUCACUGAAAGUAUACGAAGUGAAAGUACAGACAAUGAUGAGAAUACAACUAAUGCUAGUAAAGGUCAAUCUUCGAAUAAUACAAAUCGAUUGUUGAAUAAAAAUAAGAGUAGAACAGUGAAUCAUGAUGACAACUCUUCAACUAUUCGCUAUGAUGAAACCCAUAGUUUAUAUUCAUCUAAAAAGACGACAAAAGAUGAAGUCGGUGACCAGAAUGUUGAUGAGUUAAGUCAAGAAGGAGAAGAUAAAGACGCGGAUAUUGAUGAUGACGAUGAUAGGGAUGAAGAAGAUUUAGGAGACGAAACUCACCUCCAAAAUGAACGACAAAAUCAAAAAAUUCGUAUGGAUGUUAAAAGUCAAAAUCAACAUCUAACAGGGAAACAGUUUUCACAAAUUCCAAUUGAAAAAUCGAAAUCAUCUGUUAGGAAGUUCACUGAAAAUGAAGUGACUUCAUUUGAUUCCUCCUAUACAGAAAUGUCAGCAAGUCAAUCGAAAGGCAGACAUGACACUGAGACAUCAGAAAGUGAAUCAACAGAGUCAGUAUAUCAUCAUAAAUCCAGUGAUAGUUCAGAUGACAAUGUUGAUGUGAAAUCGGAAACUCUACAAGAAUCAAGUAGUCAGGAGAAAGAUAGUAAGACAGAAGACAAUGACAAUGAUGACGUUGAUGAUGAUGAUGAUGACGAUAGUGACGAAGACAGCAGCGAAGAAGAGUUAACGAAAACUGAUGCUUCUGAAAGUGAGUCAGGUGUUACAGAGAGUCGUCAAAGAGUUGUACAAUUUGGAACUGUAUCUAGACGGUAG